CACCCUGGCUCUGCAGAGAUGCCAAGGAGCGGGACAGCAUGAAGGAGGAGAGCAGCGCCGAUGUCUCUGUGCGCUCCAGGAAGAGGAAGGCAAAUGUGGCCGUUUUUUUGCAGGAUCCAGAUGAAGAAAUUGCCAAAAUUGACAGGAGGGUGAGAAGCCAGUGUGGCGGUCAGCCUUGGGACAGUAAUGCAGUCUGUGAAAACCCCUGCUCCCUGAUUCCCACCCCUGACAAAGAAGAGGACGAGCUGGUGUACCCAAACUACGCGCCGCAGAGCUUCGCGCCACCACGGGCCUCCCCACUGCCCGUGCUGAACUGGGCAAACAGAGAGGAGGUUUGGAAAAUCAUGUUAAACAAGGAGAAGACGUACUUGAGGGAUAAGCACUUUCUGCAGCGGCACCCUCUUCUGCAGCCCAAAAUGCGAGCAAUUCUGCUGGACUGGUUAAUGGAGGUGUGUGAAGUCUAUAAACUUCACAGAGAGACAUUUUACUUGGCACAGGAUUUCUUUGAUCGAUAUAUGGCAACACAACAAAAUGUCGUAAAAACACUUUUACAGCUUAUUGGGAUUUCUUCUUUAUUUAUUGCUGCCAAACUUGAGGAAAUCUAUCCUCCAAAGCUGCACCAGUUUGCCUAUGUUACAGACGGGGCUUGUUCAGGAGACGAAAUUCUUACCAUGGAAUUAAUCAUUAUGAAGGCUCUUAAGUGGCAUUUGAGUCCCCUGACCACUGUGUCCUGGCUGAACGUGUACAUGCAGGUUGCGUAUCUGAACGACCUGUGUGAGGUGCUCCUGCCGCAGUACCCCCAGCAGAUCUUCAUACAGAUUGCGGAGCUUUUAGACCUCUGUGUCCUGGAUGUUGGCUGCUUUGAGUUUUCCUACGGUGUCCUUGCUGCUUCUGCCUUGUAUCAUUUCUCUUCAUCUGAAUUGAUGCAAAAGGUUUCUGGGUACCAGUGGGGCGACAUAGAGAAGUGUGUGAAGUGGAUGGUCCCGUUCGCCAUGGUCAUACGGGAGACGGGGAGUUCCAAACUGAAGCACUUCAGGGGAGUUCCUGCUGAAGACGCACACAACAUCCAGACCCACAUCAACAGCUUGGAUUUGCUGGACAAAGCCCAAGCAAAGAAAGCCAUACUGUCUGAACAAAAUAGGAUUUCUCCUCCCCCCACGGGGGUCCUCACCCCCCCACAGAGCAGUAAGAAGCAGAGCAGCGGGCAGGGGACUGCAUGACCACGCCCGCAUCUCCACCAAAGACAGUCGUGCGAAGUGCCUAUGCCGAGUCUCUU